AUGGCCGACCAUAUCGACGUAGCAAAGGAGCGCUGGCAACAUGCGCUGAAAGUCCGCGCCAAAUUCGCAAAAGAGCUGGACAAGCUCAAGGCCGAUCCGGAAGGGAACGAACUUAAGCGCUUCGAGUCCUUGGAGAACAUCAUUUCGAACCUUCGAUUCGAUUGUAUCACGGUCAUAUUCCACUCUUUCGAGUAUGCCACCGAAGAAAAGGUCGACGCCACUCUCUGGGGGGCGCAUGGCCAACUCAACUCCCAAUACCGAAAGGCAUGGCUCCGUCUGAAAGGCUCGCAGCAUAAUGUGCUGAAGCGCAAGCUGGACAAAAUGUACAUGGCCUUCCUGAAGACGUCGCAAGGCUUCUACAUCGCCCACAUCCAGCGCCUCGCCGCCAUUUUCCCGAUACCCGAGCUCUUGCGCAUUGCGGAGGGCAUCAAGGCCGAUAAGAUGAAUGAGGAAAACCCGAUUGCGAACGUUACGCCGACCGUGCAUCGAUGCAUCCUCAUGUUCUGCCACGCGGCUCUCAUCCAUCUUGGCGACCUCUCUAGAUACCGAACCCAAAUUCGCCCCAAAGUGCCUUCUGAGGCAGCCUUGACGUAUUAUUCACUCGCUCACGACAUCAUACCAACCUCGGGCUUCGCUCACCAUCAAAUGGCCCUGGUCUAUUUGGAGGAGAAAAAGCACCUGGAUAUCAUAUAUCACUUCUACCGUGCCCUGGCUAUCGAAGAACCUCAUCCGGUGGCGGAGUCUAACCUGGAAAGCGAGCUGAAAGCUGUCCAGCAGCCAUCCACGCCGGCUCGUCGCACAGGUCCUCCACGUCCUCCUGGUCCCCAGGAGGCUUUCGUGUCCUGGUUCGUCAGUCUUCACGCACACUUCUACAAGGGAGAGCCAUUCGCGCAGCACCAGGAGCUGGAGAAGGAAGUAAUUCAUCGGCUGGAGAUGGCCAUCAAGUCCCCAGAUACCCGGGAGAUGCUACAGAAGAUGGUUCUACUCAACAUUUCGGCCUUUCAUCAUUCUAACAGAAAAAUGACCAGCAAGUACUUUGACGUCUUUCAGUUGCCAUUCGCUAACUCGGCUGUAGAGAAGUGGACCAUUACUGCUUCGCGGUCUUCGCAUUUCCUCUUGCGCCUGAACGCUCGCUUCUUCUCGACAUUUUGCCAACUUCUUAAGAAGGAGGUGGAGUCUCUGGCCGAAAGACACGCAAGGAGCGAUCAAUCGGCGGACGGCGCAGGGGAGGCUGAUAAGAUCAGCUCUUUGCUGGAGAACACUUUGCCCUUCGUUCGCUUGUACGCAGCAUGGCUCGUGGCCUGUCGCGCUGAGAUUUUGAACGCGCAAGAUGCCCUGGAGCCUUGCAUCAAAGACAUGUUCAGGAGUUUCGCAAAAGCUCUGACUGUUCUUUGCGAGGUGUACGCCUGCGAGGAUCUCAAGUUGACACCCUAUCUGCUGCCGGAGGAUGAGGAAGCCAUCGGAAUGCUUCCACUUUACGACUCACAGCUUCCGCCGAGCUGCCGCAUUCACUACGAUGAAGACUUUCAAACCCUGAAGCCGGAAGCUGUUCACUAUAAUGGUGGGCGAUUCGAUGCUCUCCGAGAAGUGUUUGCCAGGGUGCUGAGCACGAUAAAAUGCGGAUACUUUCUUGCCGAGGAUAAUGGCUUCCCCUUUUCCCUAGGCUCGUCGGAGAAGGGCCUCAAUUUCAACUUCGUGGAAGACUACGUUCCUAUGGCAUCAGCUCAGACACCAGCGACGCAGCCACUCGUACAGACAGCAGUCGACAAGACCGCCCCUGCGAAAGCAUCCAUUGUAGAGAAGGAAGCACCGCGGGCAAGGAUUCACAAAAAGGCGCCUUCGAAACCAGCAUCUUCGAUGCCGCCUCCCAAUGUGGACGUCACGCGUGCGCCGCCACCACAGUCAACUCCCGGCCGCAACAAGCAGACGCAGGGUCAGUCCGAGUAUGACUUCAGUUCUGAUGCCGACAUGUUGAAUAUGGUCAACGACUUCCUCAUGCCUCCCAUCGCUAAUCACGAUUCUCCUGCCGAGAGCCCCGAGGACACUUCGUACGGGAUGAACUCGACUAUGGCCAACGAGGUAUUUGGUGUGCCCCCGACCAACAGUCCACCAGCACUUGGAUCAGCGACUGGAAAGACGUUCCCCAGCCUGCCAUGGAACAUGAUCUACACGCCCACACCGCACGGAAAGAACUCCGAGCUGACGCCACCAGACCGUGCCGCCCGGGAUGCAGCUGCUAGGAAGUCGUUUGAUGCCGGCGUUCCAAACAGAAACGCUCAGGUCUCUAGCAUCGGCCUGCUCGAUGAUCCUUUUGGAGAUGGGCAGGAUGGUCAGUACAUGUCUCGGCCGCCGCAGCAGUCGCAGCAGCAGCAACAGCGGUAUGCUGGUACCCCAGACGGUAUGACGGCCCAUCAGGACCGCCUGCUCCAAGCCUUUGGCAAGCAGCGGCCUGACUCUAGAUCUACGAGCCGCGAUUACUCCGGAAGCUACGGACUAUGGACCAGUCCGUACGCGGAGGUCAGUCCCAGCUCGCUGCAACCUCGCGCGGCUUCUACUCACGCGCGCAACAUGAGCGGAUCUCGGCUGCAGCAUCCACAGAGUCCCAGCGUGCCCCAGAGUGGAGAGAACCUUCCUUUGUCAAACAGCAGCCAGUUCUCCAACAACAGCAGCAUCUACCAGGGCACCCCGUGCAACGGGAUCGCGUACACCGCGACGACCGCCUUCGGAAGGGGCCCCAUUGCCCACAUGACCGAGGACCCAACCCACUACAAGAACCUGGUCAGGAACAACGGAGGGGCUGCUACUGACGGCUACACCGCGGGAUACAAUGACAUGAUUCUCCAGUCCGCCAUGGCUGACGAGAUGAGACGCGCUUCAGGACAGAAUCUCCGUCGGUGA